GCCCACGAGGUCCCCAAUUCGCCUCCCGCGAACGCUUAACCCUGCGUAUCUCUGUUCUUAUCCAGUCACUAUGUUCACCUCCCCGUUCAAUAUUCAAUCCUGGAUGGAGAAAAAACGCUCUUCAGUGUCGUUAUCGUUGACCCAGAUGCUCGGGAAAUGAACACCCUCCUUCCACCAAGCUCACUGCGCAGUCGGCAUGAUCGGCUUACCCAGUGAAGAGUUUGGUGGAUCAUGCAUCAUGGCGGAGGAAGACCAAGGCCGGGAUGCAGAGCAGCGUUAUCAUACCAACAUCAGUUUGCCUCGAUACUUCCACCACCGCAUACAUCCACCCAGCAUUCGAACGAAGCAGCUAUGACUAUCUACAACUGGGAGCCUGAUACCCAAUACAACCUUGGAGAUGUUGUAGUAUACGAGGGUACGUUCUGCGACGUCUUCAACGUCCAAAGCAACCUGAUGUACACGCUUGUAUGUGUAGGACACAAGUACAAGAUCGUGCAGGCUCAUCGAUCUCAGGCCGAUUGGGCUCCUCCUGUGGUCCCCGCUUUGUGGGAGCGCGUCCACGAAGAGUAUCACGGCGGCGAGCAACAACACUACGAGCAACCUCAGUAUGGACAGCCGCAACAACCUCAGCAGCAACCAGGCUACAACCCUGGCUACAGUUACGGUGCUCCUCCCGACCAAGGCGGGUACAAGUACCAGGGUAACCUCGGCGAUGAGAAGCACCCUGACCAGACGGUUGAGAUCAAGCCUGAGGAACAGAAGAAGAACUGGUACGAUUUGGACGACGACCGUAAGAAGAAGCUUGAGAUAGGUGGUGGUCUCCUUGCAGGUAUCGCCGCCGUCGGCGCUGGUUACUACGCUUACCAUGAACACGAGAAGAGCGAGGAGGAGAAAAAGGCUAACAUCUGGGCCCUCCAGAGCUGGCUCAAGGAAGCCCGAGCUCGUACGGAUGAUUUCUACCGUAACGGCCCCCGCGCUCCUACCACUUGGAUUCUCGUCGAGGGUAAGAACAUCCCCCAGGGCGCUCUUCCUGGUGGCGAGGAGAAUGGUCAGCCCCUCUACAUUUGCCGUGCUUUCCACGAGGGAAGUCUCCAGAUCGGUAAAGCUUCGCCUGUCUUCAAAGAAGGUGCCGUGAUUGGCUACGCACACAAGGAGAUUCAUCUCCCCACUUACGAAGUUCUCCUCGGCGACCCUCGUGCCGUCCGCUGGGUUGACUUCCAUGGUCGUCUAGACUUGGCUCGACUCGGUGCUCGUCCCGUCGAAGGUGGUCGCGAGGCCAAAGGAACUCCUCUCUUCAUCGCUCAGGCUCACCACAAGAAUGCCAUCCACCCUGGCAAGAUUAGCGAGAAGUUGGACAGUGCCUUCAUCCCUUAUGGCGGAGGUGAAAAGGAAAUCAAGGACUACCGUGUUUUGUGCUACAACUAGACAUCUCUGUCGUCUACACGUACGCCUUAUGGGAAGGAAUGCUACAACGAUCUAUCGGAAAUUGUACUAUAGUCAAUUCAUACCAAGUCAAUGAGAACCAGUCACACCUGUCUACAACC